GUCUUCCAACCAUCUUUUGAUUCUUCUUUGACUAAAUAAUCCAAGCAAUUAUAGCCUAAUAAAUUUCUAUCUCUCCAAGCUCAGCCGCCUUUAUUCAGGGCUGGUUUUCUCACUCCAAUUAUUCUUAACCAUUAAAUUAUACGCUCUUGGAGCACUGGUGUAAACCCUUUGAACGCGGGGUUUACUUGUUUUAGUGGUUUCCCGGUCUGGAUAGCCUCAAUUUAUGGGGUUUUUUUGUUUAUUUAAUGAAUUGAGUAUGAAAGAAUCUUGUUUAUGAUGGGUGGUGCUCUGCAAUAUGGGUAGAGAAGUACCACAGAGAGUUUUUAUAAUGGGUUUUUGAAUAUUGGACUGUUGGGUUUAGCUGUUGUCUCAGAUGGGUUUGUCUCAUUUUUGGAUUUGGUAAAUUGGGCACCUAAGGAUUUAGUCUGAUUCUGAGGUUUUGGCACUUGAAUUCUUGGAGUUUAGAUUUAUAGUUCUUGAAAGUUUCAUUAAUGGGGCUUCGGAGUCUAUGAUGGAAUUUAACUGAUUUGGGGAAUUGAAGUUAGUUGUCUUGUGCUCUUUUAGCUCUUUUUGUAUCUGGGUUUGUUCCAUUUGUCAACUAGGUUUUGAUUCACCCGGGAUUGUGGAAAUUGAGCAUGCCUAAUUAGAGCAUUUUCUGUCAUUGAACUUGGAAUAUUUUUCCAUCUGGGCUUAUCUGCUUUCAGGUUGGUGAAUUGGUGCCUGUGGGUUGCUUAUCAUAUUGUUAUGUACUGUUUGUCUAGUUAUUAUUGGCUGCGGUCUACAGAAUAGCAAUGACUCCAUUAUGCUUUGGUUCUGAAAGAAGAAAUUGGUGUAUGAUAGUUCAUUAAGAAUGGCAGCCAUUGUGUUGUUUCUGUUUUUGGUGGUGCAAUUGCCAAGAGGGUUCGCCUCUGGGUUCUUGAUACACUCAAAGGCUCGUGGAAAUUAUCGCAUCAGCUAUUCAAGUGAUUCUAGUCAUGAAUGGUUUUACAUAAAUGGGAAAUUGGUAGACAAAGAUUUGUUCUGUCAAGCCCUGAAAUUGCUUCAUGUGAAUCAUUGCUUAUAUACAGGAAAUGUCAUAUAUAAACGCUGUGGAUCGGAUCAUUCAUUAGAUGAGUUGGGUCUGGAGGCAGGAAGACGGUUUUUGCGGGAGGUGGUUAGAGAAGAAUAUACAGGACAUGGUUUUGGUCAGAGAAUCCAGGCGAGUAAAGAAAAAGAUGGUCACACAUCUCUCUUAACCCCAAAAAGGUUGGCCAUGGCUGUCCCUGGAAUUUUCGGUCUCUGUUGUUGUUUACUUUGCCCUUGCUUCCGCACCAGAAGGAAAGAAACUACCAAUGCUGUUCUUGCGAGGGACCCUAUUUCAAUGGAUUCAGUUUCCUCUUUGGAAAUCAACUCCGUUCCUGAAAAGAUUCCUGCCAGUCCAUUGCGAGUGCCACCUAGUCCCUCUCGAUUUUCCAUGUCACCACAACUUAAUAGAGUUGGAUCAGUUCAUCUCAAUAUGAAUCAGGUUACUAGAGCUACCCAAAAUUUCUCACCAUCACUGAAGUUAGGUGAAGGAGGGUUUGGAACUGUCUACAAGGCCCAGCUACAAGAUGGACAGGUUGUUGCCAUAAAACGAGCAAAGAAGGAACACUUUGAAGCUCUACGAACUGAAUUCAGAAGUGAGAUUGAACUUCUGGCAAAAAUUGAACAUCGAAAUCUAGUGAAGCUACUUGGCUAUAUUGAUAAAGGAAAUGAGCGCCUUCUCAUCACAGAGUAUGUACCAAAUGGUACUCUUAGAGAGCAUCUUGAUGGUCUGCGGGGCAAAAUCCUGGAUUUUAAACAACGACUGGAAAUCUGCAUUGAUGUUGCUCACGGCCUAACGUAUCUCCAUCUAUAUGCAGGUGAUGACACACUCUAUUAA